CCUAGUCAAAGGAUAAAUUCAAAUUUCGUGCAUCCCAAACAAGUGUGCAAUUUGUUGUUUUUUAUAGAAAAUACAGGAAAAUAGUUUUUUUCGUUAUAAAAGCUGCUUCAAUUUGCUGAUAAUCCGAUUGGCAUCAAGGAUAUAAAAGCGAUAGAAAUGAACGCGAAGUCACGUGAUGCCACCCGAAGCCCAUCUAAGAACGCUCAAACUCCCCCUCAAAAGGGUACAAUGAUCAUGAAAAGUGUUUCGAUAUUCCUGGCAAGCGGCAGAAGAGCUUCCAAUCAGAAUCGCAAGUCGGGCGGUGCUAGGACUCAGGGACAAACGGGUUCAACGAGAGCGUCAAAGGCUAACAAACGCUCCAGGAUGGAGGACGCAUCUGGGAAACUGAACCCCAAAAUGAUGGAAAUGCUCAAGAAGCGAACGCAUUUCUCCAAAGAUGAGCUGGAAUCCUUGUGCCGUAUCUACAAGAAGCUGGUAUCAAAUUGUCAGUUUACAUCCCGGGCCCUGGCUGCCAGCACCCCUAGCUCUAUAAUAGCCAAGCCGCAUGCCAUGGUUGAGGGAAUUGAUCGCAUAGUUUUCCGAGAGUUACUUCAUAGUACCUUCGACAUCGUUACGGAAGAAACUUUAAUGGAACGAAUAUUCACUAGUUGGGAUAGAGGACAUGAAGGACUACCGAUACGGCUUGAGGGUUGGGUAAUAGGACUUUCAGUUUUCCUGCGCGGCACACCAAUUGAACGGGCAUCAUUUUGCUUCCGAGUCUACGAUUUGAACUCAGAUGGUUUCAUAACAAAAGAUGAAAUGUUCACGCUGUUGCGUAAUUGUUUAAUAAAGCAACCUCAGGACGAGGAUCCCGAUGAAGGCGUUAAGGACUUUGUGGAAAUUGUUUUGAAGAAAUUCGAUAUUGACAAGGACGGAAAGGUAUCAUUUCAAGAUUUUUGCCAAACCGUGGGGGAGGAACCUCUAUUAAUGGAGGCAUUUGGACAAUGUUUGCCUACUGAUACUGCUGUUCAGUCCUUUUUAGCAACGCUAUAGCUAUUUUAAUUUCAUUUCCAGUAGAAAUUUAUAUAUAUACAUAAUUUUAAGAUUUUUUUAUUAGAUUCUUGCAUACAGUUAUACUACAUACAUUUCUCUAAUUGUGAUAGAAGAUGCAAAAUGGAUAUAAAGUUCCUUGAAUAUAGCGUUUG